AUGGCUAUCUGGUUGUACAGACAGGCACGAGGUGCCAUCCGUGAGCAUCAGGCAAAGAAGAUAGUGCCUACCACUGAAUCCUCACAUCUUGUACCGGAGACAAUAUCAUCACAUCAACAACACAGCAGUGAGAAUGGCAUCGCUCUGAAUUCUCCAAGAGCCAGCCAAAGUAUCACCGAACACACUAAAGAGAGUGCACAAGAGAAGGCGGAUGCUCGUCGACGGAACAUAAUACAAUGGAAGCUCUUGCUUGGUUUGGUCUUGCCCAACUUCCUCGCUGCAGUGGACGUUACCAUUGUUGCGCCGGCCAUCCCACUCAUCUCAUCUGAUUUCAACCGACUUUCCGGUAGCUUCAACUGGAUUGUUGCUGCUUACACCUUGACAUUCACCACCUUCGUGCCCGUGACCGGUCAAUUUGCGGAGGCUUUUGGUCGGCAUUCAACACUGCACUUCCAGAUGUUCUGGAUCAUGAUUGGAAGUGCACUGUGUGCGGGUGCACAGACUUGGGGCAUGCUUCUCGUGGGAAGGGCGCUUCAAGGUCUCGGUGCUGCAGGUAUCAUGAACCUCUCUCGCAUCAUCUUGGCCGACAAUGGAGCAACGCUGGCUCAGAUUGCAAGGAACAACUCGACGCUCUCACUGAUCAGUGGAGUCAGUUAUGGUAUUGGUCCAGUCGUUGGCGGCUACCUUGCAGAUGCAAGCUGGCGAUACUGCUUCGUUCUCCCUGUCGGUCUCGCCGUUCUAUCGCACAUCCUCAUCGUCGUCCUCAUGCGUAAAGAAUUAGUCAAGGGUCACGCAGCCCGACAAGCUGGCAACAACGGAGCGUCCCGUCGCACCAACUACAUCGCCGGUUUCUUCAGUAUCGAUUGGCUGGGCGUCUUUCUCUUCAUAUCUGGCGUCGGUUUGAUUGUCCUUGCUGUGCAAUGGGGCGGUACUCAAUAUGCUUGGAACUCGGCAGCGUCCAUUGCUCCUUUCGUCAUCGGAGGCGUACUUGUCGUCGCCUUUUUUGUCCAUGAAUAUCUCAUGGGCCCUGGACGAUUCACUGCUCGUCUCCUACCUCGUCAAGUCCCGAUGAUUCCGUCAACUCUGUUCAGGAAGAAGGAUACCUCCCUCCUCAUGAUCAUCAACUUCUCAGCAGGCAUCUCGCUGGUUAGCGCUUUCUACUUCAUCUCGUACUACUGGCAGCUCGCAGAGGGCUACACGCCCUCCAAAGCCGGUGUUCAGCUUCUGUACUACACUCCGGGACUCGGCGUUGGUGUCUACGCCGCAAUGUAUAUGUGCAAUGUCCGACCGGCACAGACGUUCAUUCCACUGUUCAUUGGGUCGAUUGUAGAAGCCGUCGGCCUUGCUGUGCUUACGUACGCUGUGUCUAUUCGACACGGCACAUUGGUCAACGUAUUCCUUGCCAUUGCUGGCGCCGGCACUGGACUUCGCUUCAUGCCAGUCGUAUUGCACGCUGCUGGAACCUGGUCGACGCGAGGUCCAGCCAUGCAGUCAUUGCUCUCAUUCACACUUCCUCUCGGCGAAACCAUCGGCAUCUCCAUCAUGGGGGCUGUCUUCACGAACAAGCUCAGCCACUAUUCCUCUGGCAUUCCCGGAUACAACGGGGCUAGGGAUCUUGCCACGCUGCAAGACCUCUCAGGACCCGUGAGAGAAGCAGUGCAUAAUGCAGCAGCGAGAUCAGUCAUGUGGGCUUUGAUCUCCGUGCUUCCAUUUGUGGGCUUGUCAGUCAUUGCCUCGAUCUUUCUAGGUAAUGUCUGGAUUGGCAAAGUUGAGCAAGAGGCAAAGAAAGGACAGCCUCAGCAGAAGGCAACGAGGGGAUACGUCAUGUACGGUGUUUACUUAUUUGCCUUGUUCAGAGGCACUGUUGCCUCGAGUAAGCAGGAGUUGGAUGUCAACAUAGAAGACGAGGAGACCAGACAAAAGGUGCCGGACAUGGAAAGCUACACAAUGGCGGCACCCCGGACUGUUCACAUCAAGCAAGAUAGGAUCUAAGU